GGAAGAACUGGAGGCGGAGGCGGAGAGGGAGGGAAAGCUGUGAGAGGGGAGUAGGUCCAAUAGACGCGAAUGCCUGUACUGUACAUAAUAGGCCAUAGGCGCAAUGUCUAGCGGUUUAGAAGUCAUCUAUCACCCAUUAUAUCCCUGGACUCCUUUGUGGGCUGUUACAGUAUGGACACACCCCGCAUGAAUAAAACCCAGCACAGUGAUCGAAAAAACUCCGACCGGAACAAUCCCCCACUAGUAAUUACAUAAUCCCAGGCAUCCCACUCUUAACGUGUGAGUUAGUCUCAGCGCGUCAACCUCAACCGAACCACUUUAACUCGACCCAACGCGUUCCUCCCUCUCAACAACUCUACCACCAACCAACCCGACGCAACCGAACCCCCGAAAAAAAUAAAAAAAGGAGAAAAUGUCCGAACAAACACCCCGCAUAAACGCCCCCCUCCUCCAGCAAUUCAUCGGAAGAACCAUCCGCCUCGUGGGUAAAGUCACGGACAUUCAUGGCGACAAGGCAACGUUGGACUCUAGCGGGGUCAUCGUCGCACUUACAGACCGGGUACUCCCCCCCCUCCGUGCUACCUUGCUGGCAACCGGAGUGCACGGAUCAGAGGGCUAACGAAAAGGGAUCAUCAGGAUUCAAAUUUGAAGCUAGGGAAUACGAUGGAGGUCGUGGCGAAGGUGAAUCCGGACCUCUCGAUCAAGGUGCUCACGUCGACGGAUUUUGGGAAUAAUCUUGGUAGGUGUUUUUCCCUUCCCCCCCUGGGGUUGUGUGAGUGGAGGAGGAAGGGGCUGAUGUGGGGAGGGUGGGGGUAGAUAUGAAGGUUUAUGAGGAGUUGGUUGGGAUAUGUCAGCAGUAUAAGGAGAUUUUUUAUGAUAGUUAGAGGGUGGGGUGUCCUCUUUCUUUUUUCUUCUUCACUAUAACCUUUUUGGUACGGGGUUAUUUCUUGUUUGCGGAGACUGGUGGAUUGGGUGGCGGGAUGGAGCUCGGUGACUGAUGGUGGUCACUCGCUGCUUGGCCGUUCGGAUGCGUGGGCGUUAUUGCAGAGAAAAAUAUACACAUAAACUUUGGUUUAAUAACGGGUUUUUUCGC